GUGAAUUCUGCAACUCCACGAGCGCACCAACACGGGACCGGACUCUGCCACUCUGAUCACGCGCGAAAGAACGCGCGACCGCCGAUAUGAAGCUCGUCAGGUUCUUGAUGAAAUGCACCAACGAGACGGUCACGAUCGAGCUUAAGACUGGCACCAUCGUCCAAGGCACCAUCGCUUCCGUCUCCCCACAGAUGAAUACCAACUUGCGCAAUGCGAAGAUGACUCCAAAAGGCGGAUCGCAAAUCAGUCUGGAUCACAUCAGCGUUAGAGGCAGCGAAAUCAGAUAUUAUAUCCUCCCAGACAGCUUGCCGCUUGACACACUGCUCAUUGAUGACGCACCGAAGCCCAAGAAUAAGGCACGGAAGGAACAGGAUAAGGGUGCUGGCGGUGGUGGCAUGAGAGGUGGACGAGGUGGUCGUGGAGGUGGCCGUGGCGGACCCAGAGGCAGAGGUCGUGGACGGGGCAGAGGGUUCUAGGUGGUCGAAAUGCACAUUUUCGGGAGGGAGAAUUAUGAGCUGCAAGGUCGGGUCGUGUGGCACUGGAUACUACUCGCGAACUUGUGACUCUUUGUCUAAAAAGUAUCCUUGAAUCUCUGGAGCACGCCGCUGGACUGGGAAUGGGAAUGACUACGGCGACACUAAGGGUGAGGCGUUCGAAUACUAGAAAAGUCUGGGAACGCGAAAAGCGCAAACGCGAUGCUACGACCCUGGACAUGGCUCUCAUUGUGCUGUUCACAUCGGAUGGAUCUUAGUUUCUGCCUCGGACGAUCUGCCAGACAGUAGGCUUGACUUGACGGGCAGGGCGAGAAGCACAGGCGGAGCGAGAUUGCAUCGAUCGCAUUCAAUUCUGCGUGUUACAGCGCAUGCAAAAUGAAAUUUGAGCUGUG